AUGGCAUCUCGGUAUGACCGGGCAAUCACUGUCUUCUCCCCAGACGGACACCUUUUCCAAGUGGAAUAUGCCCAGGAAGCGGUGAAGAAAGGAUCCACUGCGGUUGGAAUUCGAGGUACUGAUAUAGUUGUGCUCGGGGUGGAGAAAAAAUCUGUUGCUAAGCUUCAAGAUGAAAGAACUGUGAGGAAAAUUUGUGCCCUUGAUGACCACGUCUGCAUGGCUUUUGCAGGACUGACUGCUGACGCUAGAGUAGUAAUAAACAGAGCUCGUGUGGAAUGCCAGAGUCAUAAGCUCACAGUUGAGGACCCAGUCACUGUAGAAUAUAUAACUCGCUUCAUAGCAACCUUAAAGCAGAAAUAUACUCAGAGCAAUGGACGAAGACCUUUUGGUAUUUCUGCCUUAAUUGUAGGCUUUGAUGACGAUGGUAUCCCAAGAUUGUAUCAGACUGAUCCCUCUGGUACUUACCAUGCUUGGAAGGCAAAUGCAAUAGGCCGAAGUGCUAAAACUGUUCGAGAAUUCCUAGAAAAGAAUUACACAGAAGAUGCUAUAGCAAACGACAACGAAGCUGUAAAAUUAGCAAUAAGAGCUUUGCUAGAAGUUGUCCAGUCUGGUGGAAAAAACAUUGAACUUGCUAUAAUAAGAAGAAACCAACCUUUGAAGAUGUUUAGUGCCAAAGAAAUUGAAUUACAAGUAACUGAAAUAGAAAAGGAAAAGGAAGAAGCAGAGAAGAAAAAAUCAAAGAAGAUUGCCUAA